AUGAGUGGUGGAUUGGCCCCAAGUAAAAGCACCGUGUAUGUUUCCAACUUACCCUUUUCCCUGACCAACAAUGACUUAUACCGGAUAUUUUCCAAAUAUGGCAAAGUGGUAAAGGUUACUAUAAUGAAAGAUAAAGAUACCAGGAAGAGUAAAGGGGUUGCAUUUAUUUUGUUUUUGGAUAAAGACUCCGCACAAAACUGUACCAGAGCCGUAAACAACAAACAGUUAUUUGGGAGAGUGAUAAAAGCAAGCAUUGCUAUUGACAAUGGAAGAGCAGCUGAGUUUAUCCGAAGACGAAACUACUUUGAUAAAUCUAAGUGUUAUGAAUGUGGGGAAAGUGGACACUUAAGUUAUGCCUGCCCCAAAAAUAUGCUUGGAGAACGUGAACCUCCAAAGAAGAAAGAGAAAAAGAAAAAGAAGAAAAUUCCUGAACCAGAAGAGGAAAUUGAUGAAGUAGAAGAGAGUGAAGAUGAAGGUGAGGAUCCUGCUCUUGACAGCCUCAGUCAGGCCAUAGCUUUCCAGCAAGCCAAAGUUGAAGAAGAGCAAAAUAAAUGGAAACCCGGUUCGGCAGGUCCCUCAACAUCAGAUGAUUCAAGGCGCCCAAGAAUAAAGAAAAGCACAUAUUUCAGUGAUGAGGAAGAACUUAGUGAUUAAAAUUAUAUUUAUUAAAUAUCAUUUAUUUUUUAAUA